GAAAACCACAGUGAGUGACUAUGUUGCCUAUUACAGAAAGAAAGGUCUUGAUGGGACUUCUGCAUUGCCACAUUUUAAGCUCUAAACUCCGAACUUCCAGGGCUACCUCACAAAAGCACAGAAAUGGUUGUUACCGGCAGAGAUGAAGUGCCAGCAACGCUGAAGCCAGACUGUAAUAGAGCAAGUGAGUUGAAGGCUUUUGAUGACACAAAACUCGGCGUUAAAGGACUUGUAGAUGCUGGGGUUACUGAGAUCCCUCGUAUCUUCCAUCACCCACAUGACGACUUGGACAACUCAGCUUCCGGUCACACCCAAAUUAGUAUUCCUGUCAUAGAUCUCCAAGGCAUCGACAAAGAUGUAAUAAAGCGCAAGGAGAUUGUUGAAAGCAUUCGCGAUGCAUCGGAGACGUGGGGUUUCUUUCAGCUGGUCAAUCAUGGGAUCCCUGUGAGUGUUUUGGAGGAGAUGAAGGAAGGGGUGCGUAGGUUUCAUGAGCAGGAUACUCAAGUGAAGAAAGAGUUGUAUACGCGCGACCCCAUGAGACCGGUGCUGUACAACAGCAACUUUGAUCUGUAUAGCGCCCCGGCGACUAAUUGGAGGGAUACUUUUAUUUGUCAAAUGGCACCUGAUUCCCCAAAGCCAGAAGACUUGCCAGCUGCAUGCGGAGAUAUACUGGAGCACUACUCGAAGGAAGUGGGGAAGUUGGGGAUUUUAUUGUUCGAGUUAUUAUCAGAGGCACUUGGGCUGAACCCAAAGCACCUAAAUGAGAUUGAUUGCAGUGAGGGGCUUGUGGUUCUGUGCCAUUACUAUCCCGCUUGCCCACAGCCGGAGUUAACAUUGGGCACAACCAAGCAUGCAGACAAUGAUUUCCUCACUCUUCUUCUACAAGACCACAUUGGUGGCCUCCAAGUUCUUCAUCAGGACAAGUGGGUCGAUAUCCCUCCUGUGCCAGGGGCUCUAGUGGCUAACAUUGGAGAUCUUCUACAGCUUAUAACAAACGAUAGGUUUAAGAGCGUUGAACACAGAGUAUUGGCAAACCGGACAGGGCCCAGAGUAUCUGUGGCGAGCUUCUUUUGCACGGGUUUUCAGCCAACCUCAAAACUUUACGGACCCAUUAAUGAGUUAUUAUCAGCAGACGAUCCUUCAAAGUAUAAGGAAACCACAGUAAGAGACUAUGUUGUGUUCUACAAUGAAAAAGGCCUGAAUGGAACUUCUGCGUUGCCACAUUUCAGGCUCUAAACUCCAAUAAUAGAGAUGAACAUGUGGUUAAUUUGUAAGCUAAAUAAAGUGGCACUUUUCUGUGACAUAUUUGCCAUAUGCUAAUUAAGCUUGAGAAGUGAAUAAAUUAUGUGCUAUGUUUGAAGGCCAAAUCAAAUCUUUGUUCA